CUUUCUCCUACUCGCUCAGCCCGCAGUCCCCACCCCCUGUGCCCUCCGGGGGGCACCCCCCAGGCGGUGGGAGGGUGGUCAGCCGUGCCCAGGUCGCCAAGUGGCGGAGAGGUGACGGUAACCGCCUUCCUAUUUCCGCUCAGCCGGGUGGUGGGGUGUAUGUGUGUGCGCGUGUGUGUCAGAGAGAGCGAGAGCUAGGAGAGACACGGAGAGAGAAAGAGAGCACAGAGAGAGAGGAGUUUCUGCCUCGCUCACUCCUUCUCCCACACACGGGAGCCUUGGAGCAGGGCCUGUCCUCCCGCCCCACUUACUUCCCCCCUCUCCCCCCGCACCGAGCCGCGUCUCAGUCACUUGAGCGCAGCAGGUUGGGGCAGGAGGCUCUAGCGCCUGCCGCCUGCCUGGAAAAUGGUUACUCCGGCGGGGGAGCUUGCACUGAUCGGGCUAGGUAUUUUAUUAGCCGUGUGCCAGGCUUUGGAGAAUACAACAUCUGCCUUGAGUGCAGGUCCCCCAAUGGCAGCCGCAGUGGUUUCACAUUUUAAUGACUGUCCAGAUUCCCACAGUCAGUUCUGCUUUCAUGGAACCUGUAGGUUUUUGGUGGAAGAGGAGAAGCCAGCGUGUAAAUGCCAUUCUGGCUAUGUCGGGGCACGAUGUGAACAUGCAGACCUUCUUGCCGUGGUGGCAGCCAAUCAGAAGAAACAGACCAUCACUGCCCUGGUGGUGGUUUCCAUAGUAGCCUUGGUUGUCCUCAUUGGGAUCUGUGUACUAAUACACUGCUGUCGGAUAAGGAGGCCUUGUGAGUGGUGCCGGGGCUUCGUCUGUCAGCAUGAGAAGCCCAGUGACCUCUUGAAGGGAGGAACAGCCUGUUGUCGCUCGGAGACAGUGGUCUGAAGGAAGGACUCCAGGGAUACAGCCAGUUGGACUGCUGCUGCCUGAUAAAGGAGAAAGGACUUUUCUAAAGAAGUGCAUUUUCCAUGGAAGCAAGUAUUGCUGGGGACAUACUAGCAAACAUUUUUUUUCCCCUGCAUUGCCUCAAAAACUCCUGUGCAUCCUCUUUCUUAUUUGCUGGGCUUUCAGAACUCGUCGAGACUUCCAUUUGCUUGGGGUUACUUGGUGUGAACUGAGGAUGAAAAUCGGCAGACCACGUAACCCUUAAGACUGUGUUGUUGGAACUGGAUGACGGAUGGUCCUGGGAGGAACUGCAAAGAGGGUUGGCUUCUUGUUUACGUAGCAGAGUUGGGUACAGGUGUGGAGGUGUUUGAGUUCAGUGUAGAUGUGAGUGUGUGUGUGUGUGUGUGUGUGUGUGUGUGUGUGUGUGUGUGUGCUGCCAGGGACAAAUUUCAAUCCGAAGUUCUUCCUCUGUUUUCCCCCCUCAUCCAUCUGUGCUUCAUUUUUGUCUUUGGAUGAAAUUGUCGAUCUGUACCCAUGACCUCCUUGUGGUGUUUGGGAAUCUACCUGGAACCAUGAGUUUCCUUCAAGUUGUUACAGUUCUGUCUCGUUUGUUUGAUGGGGGAAGGGGGUAAAAUGGGGUCACUGCUUACAUUAUGGAAAGUUCUAAGCUCUAAGAAGAAUUGUCUUUUCUAGCUACAGAACCUUUAACACUUUAACCCCCUGAGCCCUCUGGCUGUGUCCACCAAUAGAAAGAUAUUGUAAACUCUCUAUUGAUAGUUUUUUUUCCAAUAGUGGUAAUUUCUAAUUUAUUAAAUAGCGAAAGAAUUUCAUUUUUCAUCUCUUAAAUCAGUGUGAAACACACACACACACAUAUACAUACACACACAACCUCUUUAGAUUUUCUACUUCUGUUUAGUUACAGAGUAAAGUUUUAGCUCAUAAAAAUAUAUUUGCAUUUUUUGAUCAAGGGAGGCAUUUUCAGCAUCCUAAUCAUUAGUCUCUGGGGAGGAAGACCAUGGACCAUAUCACAGGAAAAAAAUGCACAACUGAAAUUUUAAAGCUGAGCCUUGAGACACUAAGCCAUCCCUUGGGUUCAGUCUUAUUCCAAGUGGGAUAAUUGGCAAGUAGCAAACAGAAAGCUCAUCCCCUCUGGAAAGAGACCGAGUAGGCAGAUAGAUCUGUGCCUGUGUGUGUAGGAGAAGUAAGCUCUGUUAUGUGUAUAGAAAAUUACUCAUUUGUUAAAAAAAAAAUAACAUGUUGACAGCCCAUGGGGAGAAAUCUUCUAGGUUGUAUUUGGAAACUGAUGGUUAGCCGAACAUCCUUGAAAUUUCAGGCCAGAUCUAGGAAAAGGAGAGCCAGUCACUUACGUUUCAUGUGUAACUCAGUUAGUUUGUUGCUUUAUUUUAAAAUUGGGAACCUUUACUUUUCCUAUUUAUUUUCAAGCUAUUAACCAAAACAUUCUAGUGAUUUUUCUGUUUUCCAUUAAGGAUAACUUUUUUUAAAAAAUAAAUAAAUAAAUGUCAGAUAAGCCUCCUCUCUCCUUCUAGGCCAGAUCUUCUCCUCAGAAGACAAACAGCAAGGUACUUUUGGCUUAGGAUACAGUUACCAUCCCUGAAUGAACAGUGGUAGAUAUCUUGUAUAUCACUAGACUUUGUUAGUUAAAGUUUCAAGAUAGAAUUAUAAUGAGUAGAUAUAUAUACAUAUAUAUAAAUUUACUGUACCAUAUACAAGGAUACUAUUUAUUCAUUAGUCUUUGAAAAAUGAGAGACUCAUACUCUUCAAUACAUUCUGCUCCUCAGAUGUUGAAAGGACUCUAUUAAAUGAGUGUAGUUUGAAAUUCUCCUAUCACAGACUCCUCCCUUGCCCUCAUUCCCUUUCCCUCUCCAGUCUCCCAUCCUCAUCUCAGUUUACUUCUGUUUGUUUUUUUAAGAACUGAAAUAAUAAUACCAUCACCCAUGUCUUAACCUUGGAGCAUCGAUUUUUUCCUUUAUUAGCAUAACUUGGAAUCUCUGAAAUUGAGGAUGAGGAUCCAAUCUGUUCUCUACCCUAACCUUCUUAAUUCUCCAUGUGAUCCAAAAGAUAUAUGUCCUAAAGGCAGAACUUGGGGGAUGGGGGUUGGAACUUUUGCUAUACUAGGAGCUCCCAACUCUAGGUUACCUUCUCCCUACCUUUACCCUAGAAUUGUAAAAUAAAACAUCAGCUUCAAAUUUCCAGGCAAGCACCCUGAGCCUUCCUAUGAGCCAUGAGUGUAAUGAGCUGAGGAACAAUGACGGCAUCUUUACUCAAAACCAUGGUUCCUCCCCAUUCUAGAAACAUGCUAGGAAGUUAAGAUUUCUGUGCAGAGGAGAGACGCAUAAAAGUGCAGGUAUUUUUUUGAGUUAUAAUUUGAAAAUAGAUUUAUAAUAGUGGUUUUAACUUGGGCCACCAUUUUCAUUUUAAGGCAAAUUUGUCUCCUCAUAGUUUAGCAGAGGCUAUUUGAGUUCUAUUUUCCUUUUUAAAUAUUUUUUCAAAUACCGGUAUGAAGUAUUUGUUUUCUAAGAUGGACUAACUAAAAUCUAGUCUGUGGGAUUUGGUGGUUUUGCUUGUAAGUAGCCUUUCCCUGCGUGUAAUUCUAUUCCCAUUAUCUGUAUGUUCUCUGAUGAACAUCUGCAUGCCUUCCUGAUAGCGGGUGUGAGUUGCCAUUCAAAGUCAGCCAUGUGCAUUCAGGCAGUGAAACCAGGUGAAACUUUCAUGGCUCUCCAUAAAGGUGUUCUGGCUUGCAAUAAGUCAACACUUUGAUUCUCAUGUCAUGCCAUUGCCCUUAUCCUGAAUCAUGAUAGAACGUCCAUUCACCCCAUGGUUUUGAUUUGUCCCCUAGAUGUGCUAGGCUUACAAUAAGCACUCUCUAAUAAAUUGUGUGAUGAUAUCUGAAAAGGCUGUAGUAAAGAAAUGAUUUAGAUGAGUAAGAACUUGAGGCUUUUUCACGGAGAGGGAUUCAGAUGUCUUUCCUCUCUAUGACUCUUUAAAGAACCUGGAGCUGAACUAAUAGCUUUCUCCCCCAAUUUGGAUUCAUUAGUUGGUGAUUCCUUACUUAGCAAUGGGAUGGCUGAUGAGCAUUUGGCUAAUGUACCAUUUUGGGCAAUGAUACUUAUGUCUUUGACUGUAAAAAUGUUAUGUUGGUAUUUUCUCCACCAAUUGGGGUUAAAAUUUGUCCAUUCUGUGCCCUGCUGCCAACCUCUACAGGUUCUAUACUACUAGUUUCAGAAGAUCAACUAUCCAUUAGGGUUUUCUUGAGUUGAAUCCUCAAGGCCACUUAGCUAAUGAGUUGAACAGAAUCAAUAUUUGGGUCCAUAGAGCCCCAAUAUGUGAUUGGGGAGCUAAUGAAAACUUACCAGGCAAAAAAGCUUAAAGAUUCCUGGAAAACAGAGCCCAAUUAUCCAGCACAGACCAAUGGCAAAAUUUCUUCUUCCUACUCAUAAAAUAUGGUAUAACCCGAGUGAUACAUUGGCCUGAUUUGGUGUUUCAACUCAGAUGAGAAUCCUGACCCAUUAGAGAGGUACCUUCUUUGGCACGUGGACCAAGGAACAGGAUUGUAAUUUGACCUCAGUCAGGGAGUUGGAAUAUUUAAGCCUUUUUCUAAAAGAUAAUCUAGAUAUAUAGGACCAAAAAGGCUUUUGAUAGCUGACAUUUCCUGCUUCCACACUGGGCUUAAGAAGUCUGUCUUUACUGCUUCUUUUGGGGAGACUUUCCAUAUUCCGUUGUAGGAAGGGCAUUGCAUCAAUAAGCUAGUCUUCUGGGGACAGUGUUUUCAGUGUGUGUAUGGGCUGUUUGUUAUUUACCCACACAAUGUUGCCAGGGACAGACAUCAAGUUUCCAGGCCUUGAUGUCUCCCACCCUGCCUAGCCAAGGGAGUUGGGAAUAUUCAAAGGCCCAGAGAGACCCAAGUUCCAUUUGCAGAAAUGAUGUAAGCACUUAUGUUAAUGUUUAAAUGUUCUCAAAGGCAAACCAUAGUUCUUCCAAGUAACUGAUGAAGCCAGUCUUUCUGAAAGAUCCUAAUAGUAUCCAGACAGACAGAAAGACCAAUAGAUGCCCACACUCAGAACUAAGAACUACCCAUUGUAACUUUUUACUAACCCAUCAUGAAAAUGUUCAACUUAUCAUUGUCUUUAUUAAGUUUAUUUAACCAGCCUGAUGCUUUUUAGUCAUGGUUACUCUCUCUUCUGUAUAUGUUGCACUGAAAAAGUUAAUAUUUAAUGUUUUAAUUUAUUUUGUGUGAUAAAUUAAUUUUGAUCUCUGUAAUAUGUUAAUGUGAUUGGCAGUUCUUUUCCUCAAUAUCCAAGUUAGUUAUUUAAAGAGGAGCAAGUAAUAUAAAAUACAGUUGUUUGUGUUUUUCCAGAAAUGUGCACUGUGGUUUGAUUGUACUGUAUCUUGUUUUGAAGGAUGAAGGAAUGAACUCUUUUUUUCUAAAA